UUCUAAUCAAAAUUAAUUUUUUUGUCCAGUGUGCAGGAAUGGAAGGCAGUAGUUAUACACUUGUAGCCUUGACAUUGCAUUGCUGCUUGUCAAACUUCCAGCCAGACCUCAACUCUGUCAUCCUUUAAAGGGAAAUGAAAGUUCAAACUUUUUUGCCUUCCACAUUUAUUUACCAAUUCAUCAACCCUUCCUUUCACUCUGGUCUAAUUUAUUGUUCCCAGCAAUAAGUUGUGUUUGCUUGGCAAUAUUUUGUUUAAAAAUUCUCACUGAUUUGUUAUUGAAUAUAAAAAUGAAAGAAUUAAUACCCCUCCAUCAUGCUGCUGAGGAGUAUUUUGAAAAAAGCUUCCAGCUCCUGAAUCACCAAUGGCCACGACUGCGCUCCGUGAGAAUGGGCAUGCUUCAUUCAUCCCGUGAUUCUCUACCUACUUCUCUUGUGCUGGUGGAUGAAGACAAAGUUAUAGGGCACAUCAAGAUCAAGCACUUGGCAUGUAGGCAUCGUGCUCUUUGGAUCGAGUCGGUGGUCAUCGACAAAGCAUUGAGAGGCAAAGGGUUUGGCAAGAUUCUCAUGUUAGAGACUGAAAAGUAUGCUCGUGAGAUGGGUUUUCAGAUAGCCUAUUUGUCUACUUACGAUCAGCAAGGUUUUUACUCGCGUCUGGGAUAUCAAGAAUGUGAAAAAGUUUGUGUCUUUGACAAACCUGUGGAUAACUGGCUUCCUGACACUAGCUUUCUAAAAAAUAAAAUCUGGAAUGUCAAGUCCUCUCGAGAUGAUUCGAAUAAUUUUAACAAUAAUAAAACCGCCGAAGUUAGUGCGGACAAACGGUCUAACUGUUAUCAGCCUCCUUGCAAGAACGAAAACAACACCACCUUGAAUGGUGAUGAUCGCUCUACAAACAACGGUUAUAUCCAUGAAGUUUUGUCAGCUACCGAAGAAAAUUUGAUUCUCGAAUCGUCAAAGAAUGUUGUCACUAAUGGACAUAACUCUGAAGGAGAGAACCAAACUUCAUCAAAUGCAACUAGAAUCCCAGUAGCUCCUCCUCUACCUCAACCCAAGCGCAUGAGUAACAACUUUCCCAAAAAAUCCUCCUCUUGUCCUCCAGUCUCACAUAAGAAAUUCAUGAAACCUGACGUCUCGAUUUCCCCAAUAAAAGAAGGUGUAGCUGUGCCUGCUCCACCUCCUCCAAGAACUGAUUCUCCGGCCAACAACUUUCUCCUCAUAUCUGGUCUGCUUUCAAGUGAUUCUCAAGGCUUUCGCUUCAUCACAAGCAUUGGCUUUCUGUCAUGAUUUGCCAAGCAGCAUUUUGAUUGCACCCAUGUUUGCGGUGUCAUUUUUCAAUCGUAAUUUUAAUACGAAAGUUAAAUCCUACAUCAAAUACAUUAAAAACCCUAAUAAAUUCACUUCCCAAAUAAAUAA